AUGGAGCUGCAGCACCCUUCCGACCUCAGCGCGUACGAGCUCGAGCGGCUCGACAACAUCAAGCGCAACGCGGCCGUGCUUGCCUCGCUUGGCCUGGCCGACGGGAGUGGGCUCGGGAGCUCUCCAAGCGCUCGGCCGAUCAAGCGGCGCAAGCCAGCUCAGGUGAGGCCUCUGGCGGCGCCCGAGCGGCGCAGCUCGCGGCUCGUCGACGGCGCCAAGGCCCCAGACUUUUACAUCGCAAACGAGACGGCGAGCGGCAGAGUCACGGUUGGCGGGGACGCGAGGGCGCUCCAGCAGGCCACGCAAACCGCCACCGCCGCCGCUGGCGCAGAUUCGAUGGACCCGCUCACCCUGUUUGGGCUCGGCGCGAUGCCCGAGGGGGAGGACGACCUGCUGGAGAGCGAGCGCGCCGCCUUCGCGAGCCUGCGCGACGCAAAGCGGGCCAAGGCGAGCGAGCUCGGCAUCGAGGGCUACAAGAUCGCACAGCACCGCUCGCUGGCCGAGGUGGUGCGGCGGUGCCCGACGGAGGUCGAGGCACUCCGCGCUUGCUGGGGCUUUGGCGGCUCGGGCGUCCGCGUCGACAAGUACGGCGCGAUGUUUCUGGAGGCGCUGAUGCCACACGUCCCGCGGCUCCGGCGGGCCCACGCGGCUGCAAAGGCGGAGUACGAGGCGGCGGAGGAGGCGAAGGGGUCGGAAGAGGGGGAGGCGGGCGGCGACGGGGCGGAGGGCGGCGGCGGGGAGGCGGGGGAGGGGAGGGGAGGGGCCGACUCGGCGCUCAUCGCCGCGACGCACGCCAGGGCGGAGGAGCUCGGCGAAGGCUACGUCUGGAGCAUCGCACCGGCGCGGUCCGUGUGCGAGAUGGCGGCGGGCGAGGCGGCGGGCGAGGCGGCGGCGCAUUUGUCGGUCGCCGUCUCCGGCCCGGAGGUCUCGCGCCCUGAGAGGGAGGGCAGCUCCGUGGGGCAGCGCCGCGUGCGCGCGACACCGGAGGCGGCCUCCGGGCAGCGGGAGAGCAAGUGGCGGCGCGGCAACAAGCACGCGGCGAGCGCUUGGGACGCGGCGUUGUCGGCGAUGCAGUCGGUCGACCCGGACGACGGCGAGGUGGCGGCGGUGGCGGCGGCGGCGGAGGAGGAGGAGGAGGGAGGCGCCCGCAAGGUGAGGGGGCGGGGCACACCGGGCUCAAAGCCCAGAGCGGUUGACUGCGAUUCGCGGCGGACGACGCGCGCGGCGAGCAAGAAGUGCAAGUCGAGGGUGUGA